AUGGUGGCGGGUACCGAAGGGAGGCACGGAGGGCAAGGCAGUGGGAGAGGGGAGAGGCCGGCCAACACUGCGGUCCUACUAAGCCUUUCACUUACUCAGCCCGAGAGUUCCGUAGCCUCCGCUUCCUGCCGCCGGCGCUCGCGUCGCUUCCGUCGGUACUUGUCUGCGGGUCAGCUAGUUCGGGCCUAGGGUCUCCUCCAGAGACACCCAGGCUUUGAUGAAGAUGCCGGGCAGCCUUGCUCCCGACCCGCGACCCGCGCCUGUGUCCGCCACGACGUCUCUGCCCUGUGCCUGCUUCUUUGGCUCUGGAUUGACCUCACCCACCAGUAGCGACAGGAGAACGAGGAGCUGCAUGCUGCUGCCCUGCAAGGGCCAACAGCCUACACAGACGUCUUCCUGCCACUGAUGAGUCGCUGUACAACUGCCAUGGGGAUAAAGAAUAAGGAUGGAGAGACUCUGGGCUGGGAGCCCCACUGGGUUUCUGCUAAAGAGGAGGAAGAAGAGGAGGCAUCCAGGGAGCACAAAUGAAGACAGAAGCCACAGGAAGAGCUAGAGGAUGAGUGGAGUGGCAGGAGGUCUUUGGAGGACACUUCCCAAGAGGCCCAGGAAUCCAAGUCCUUCUCAGUCUGGACAGAUCACCUGGCCUGGGAACAUGGCCAGAAGUGCCAGCAACAGCUGCAGCAGCAUGAGGCAAAGGGAGCCUGCAGACCCCCACAGGCUGAGAGGUCCAGUCUUGGCUGGUGGCAGCAGAAGAAGUCUGAGAAAGCCAGAGCCAGCGAAGAACCAUGCGAGAGCUGAGCCAGGCCAGUGCAGCACUCUCAGGGACCCAGGGCACAGGGCCAAACACCCCGCAGAGCAGAGAGGGGCAGCCUCUGGCGCUUUGGCUGUAUGCCCCGGCGUCCUAGUGGAGGGGACCCGGAGGCCAUGACUGCCACCCUGGUGGCAAGGCCCAUCCCCUUGGAGGAAGAGGGUGCUCCGAGAGUCCAGCAGGUUCACUGGCACCCUGACCACUUCUUACAGCAAUUACAGAGACAGACUGAGACCUGGGAGUGGGGCCUAGUGAUGGGAGCUAUGACAGCCCUUUCGCAGGCCCUGUAUUGCCAUUCAGAGGCCAUCAAAUGA